AGACUAUUUCAGAGCAUUGGGUCUUUGUACUAGAAGCUGGUGGUUCGUGGAAAAGGGUUGCAAAAGAUUUUCAAACUCCUCACCAUCCUUCCAGUCUACAAGUGACUAUGAAGAAUGUUUUAUAUUAUCUGGCUUUCACUGAUUCUUCACAGACUUGUGUUCUUGUGAGUUUCGACAUCAGGUCUGAAGAGUUGAGUAUGAUUAAACUACCUCCUCCCCCUGGGAAGAGGUUGGCUCUAAUAAACUACGGUGGCAAAGUAGCUGUCUUUGACUUCUCUUUGCUCAAAGAGAAUG